GUUUUUGACAGCUUGAACCAUCUUUUCCACAACACAAUGGAUGAUCUCUAUGAUGAGUUUGGCAACUAUAUUGGAGAGGCUGCAGAUUCAGAUGAAGAGGACCAGCACGAAGAAGUGAAACCUCGAGCUUUCAACUUCGACGAGGCGUUUGGAGAGGAGGAAGAUGAAGAUACCUCUGAGCAGCAGUCCAUGGAAGUGGACGAAGGUCCAUCAAACGCCGUAAUUUUACACGAAGACAAACAGUACUACCCUAGCGCACAACAAGUCUACGGUACAGAGGUAGAAACCUUAGUUCAAGAAGAAGAUACGCAACCUCUCUCCGAGCCUAUUGUUGCCCCCGUACAGCAAAAGAAGUUUGCCAUUGAAGAGACUGACCUCCCUCCGGUUCAUUUCUCAAGAGAAUUCAUGACUGAUCUUUUGAAUUUCCCUGAACAAAUAAGAAAUGUUGCGCUUGUUGGUCAUUUACAUCAUGGAAAGACCGCUUUCAUGGAUAUGCUUGUAAUGCAGACGCAUGAUUUGACUGAACGGCUGGAGAAGCGAGCAGGUAGGAGAAAGGAAGAACAGCUUCGCUAUACCGAUAUCCACUUUCUAGAGAGGGAGCGAGGCCUCUCUAUUAAAUCAGCCCCUAUGAGCCUAGUUCUUCAGGGCACUAAGGGGAAGUCUCAUUUGUUCAACAUUCUUGAUACCCCGGGGCAUGUGAAUUUUGUGGAUGAAGUAGCUGCCUCAUCACGACUGGUUGAUGGCGUGGUCAUAGUCGUUGAUAUUGUGGAAGGAGUACAGUCGAAUACUGAGCAAAUCAUUAAGCACGCUGUGUUAGAGGGCCUUCCCUUGACCAUGGUUGUGAACAAAAUGGAUCGGCUGAUCCUCGAACUGAAGAUACCACCCAACGACGCCUAUUUCAAGCUCAAGCAUGUAAUUGAAGAAGUCAACACUGUCAUUGAAAAUAUCUUGCCUGGGCAAGGCGAACGAUGGCGACUAAGCCCGGAAAAGGGCAAUGUCGCAUUUGCGUGCGCUUCAAUGGGAUGGUGUUUCACUCUUCAAUCAUUUGCCAGGAUGUAUGCGGAGAACUACCCGCAAAUUGAGACCUCAGAUUUUGCCCUGCGUCUUUGGGGCGAUAUCUUUUUCAAUCCAACAAGCCGGAAAUUCACGCGGAAAGGGGUCGAAGAACAUUCUAAGAGAACUUUUGUCAAGUUUGUUCUUGAGCCAAUAUACAAGCUCUAUUCCCACGCCAUAAGUGAAAGUCCAGAAGACUUGAAACAAACACUCGCAAGUGUCGGCAUCCACUUGAAGCCAUCCCAAUUGAAAUCAGAUGCAAAGGAGCUACUCAAACUGGUUUGCGGACAGUUCUUCGGUCCUGCUACAGGGUUUGUAGACAUGAUAGUACAACAUGUACCUUCUCCAGUUGAGGGCGCGCAGAUGAAGCUGGACCGAUAUUACACUGGACCCCUCGAUUCGAAAGUGGCAGCCGCUAUGGCCACUUGUAGUACAGAUGGCCCUCUCGUUGUCCAUAUCACGAAACUUUUUACGAGCACAGACGCUUCAAGUUUCAAUGCAUUUGGAAGAAUUAUGAGCGGGACUGCUCAUCCUGGACAACAAGUUCGAGUGCUAGGUGAGGGUUAUACUCCUGAAGACGAAGAAGAUAUGGUGACUGCAACUAUAUCGGACAUUUGGAUUGCUGAGACUGGCUAUAACGUCACGACCAGCGGUGUUCCGGCCGGCAACUUGGUUCUCUUGGGUGGCGUGGAUAAUUCAAUCGUGAAGACAGCGACUAUCGUGCCUCUGAAGCUUGAGGAUGACGAAGAAGCAUACAUAUUUAAACCAAUUCGACAUAUGACCGAGUCUGUUUUCAAGGUCGCUGUUGAACCUGUUAACCCGUCUGAAUUACCAAAAAUGCUUGAUGGUCUCCGUAAAGUCAACAAGAGCUAUCCUCUAAUUUCAACAAAAGUCGAGGAGUCUGGGGAGCAUGUCAUCUUGGGGACCGGUGAGCUCUAUAUGGACUGCGUGCUUCAUGACUUGCGGCGGCUCUUCUCCGAGAUGGAAAUUAAGGUCUCCGAUCCUGUCACCCGCUUCUGUGAAACUGCUGUUGAGACUUCAGCCAUUAUGUGUUAUUCUAUCACACCAAACAAAAAGAAUAAGAUAACCAUGAUAGCAGAACCUUUGGACGACGGAAUCGCUGAGGAUAUCGAGAGCGGCAAAGUCAGCAUCAAAGACCCAAUUCGCAAAGUGGCUCGUUUUUUCGAAGACAAGUACGAUUGGGAUAAACUAGCAGCUAGAAGCAUUUGGGCCUUCGGCCCAGACGAACUGGGGCCUAACAUAUUACAAGACGAUACCUUGCCAUCCCAGGUUGAUAAAAAGCUUCUCGGGAGCGUCAGAGACUCUAUCACUCAAGGUUUUAGUUGGGGUACGAGGGAAGGCCCACUUUGUGAAGAGCCAAUUCGAAACACGAAAUUCAGGCUCACAGACGUCACCCUUGCCGACCAGGUUAUCUACAGAGGUGGUGGCCAAAUCAUUCCCACUGCGCGACGCGCAAUCUACUCAUCGUUUCUCAUGGCAUCUCCUCGCUUGAUGGAACCCAUCUAUUCCUGCACGAUGACAGGGCCUGCGGAUGCAGUCGCUUCGGUGUAUACCGUCCUUGCGCGCAGGAGAGGCCAUGUCCUAUCUGAUGGGCCCAUCGCCGGAACACCGCUUUAUUCAGUCCGUGGCCUAAUUCCAGUGAUAGACUCAUUCGGGUUCGAGACAGAUCUCCGGAUUCACACCCAAGGCCAAGCUGCAGUUAGUCUUGUCUUCGAUAAAUGGAGUGUAGUUCCAGGGGAUCCGCUUGAUCGUGAUGUCAAGACAAAACCACUAGAGAUGGCCCCUGCAAUGGCCACUGCUCGAGACUUCGUGCUAAAGACAAGAAGACGGAAAGGCUUGGCGGAGGAUGUCACCGUAAGCAAGUUUUUGGAACCAGAACUCUGGAAAGGCCUAAAGGAGAGUGGCGUUUUAGACUCAUGACCAGUUUAUCUCUGGAGUUCAAUGGUAUGCCACAAAUUCCAGGUAGUUAUAUGUUUGGAUGGAAUAAAAGAUUGACCGAGUAUCCUUAUGAAGGCAGUGCCAAGUCAUUUAUAUUUAUGAGCGCACAAGAGCGCUACUUUUUAGCCUGCCAUAUAGUUCGAGUUCACUGGCAUGUCUCUAGCAUCUUCGCGAUAACGCCCAUUAGUGUUCCAUUUUCCAAAGCGGCGGCCACUCGUUCUUUGUCCGCCAGCUGCUUGUUAACUUCAUCAGCAGUGCUGUGUGUCCCUUCUUUG